UUCACCUGGGCACUGGACACCUGGAGAUUCCAGGUCAGUGUCGCGCCAGGUCCCAGUGCCGGUUUGUUAUUAAGUGGUCCCAAGCUGCCGGAAGCGAUUCCUCGCCGUCGGGCCAGGCCACCGGAAGUCACUGGCUGCGGUUGCAACCUCUAAACGAGUCCCCUUUCCUUUUAACCCCUUAUAACUUGUGAGUGACCUGCGCCACUUCACGACUCUCUAGGUGUGGAGGGAGCAAGGCCACCAUGGUUGGCUCGAGCGAGGAGCCGCUGAGGAGCCUGCCGAGAGAGGCUGUCGCGGAGAGGAACGUAGAGACAGGUGGGCGAAGUUGCCGGGGGGGCGGACUUCGCGACGGCACCCGCGGAGGAUGGCUGAGAGUCCCUCUCUGUCCGAGCCAUCGGCCUCGCCAGAGCUCCAUGGCGACUUCAAAAAGCCAGCCCUGCCGGCGCCCCCGGCCGUGCGGAGCAAGGCCCCGGCCACCAGUCCUGCAGACUCCGAGGAGACACCGCCGGGCGCCGACUCCCGGGAGCCCGCUGACCCGCCGGCCGGGCCGGACCACGGAGAAACCAGGAGCGCCCCCGACGAGCCGCCGCGUCCCCCUACGGCCGCACCCCGCCCCGGCGGCUCGGCCCGGGCCCCCCCUUACCGAGAGCCUUCGUGGGGCGGCCCCGCCACGGCCCCCUACAGCCUGGAGACGCUGAAGGGCGGCGCCAUCCUGGGCAGCCGCAGCCUGACGGGGAUGAGCUGCUGCGUGUUCGGGCGGCUGCCGGGCUGCGACGUGUGUCUGGAGCAUCCGUCCGUGUCCCGCCACCACGCGGCGCUGCAGCACCGGGCCGCGCGCCCCGCCGGGGACCCCCAUGACCCCGACGACCCCGACGACCCCGGGCCGGGCUUCUACCUCUACGACCUGGGCAGCACCCACGGCACCUUUCUCAACAAAACCCGCAUCCCGCCCCGCACCUACUGCCGGGUCCACGUCGGGCAUGUGCUUCGCUUCGGGGGCAGCACCCGGCUGUUCAUUUUGCAGGGGCCAGAAGAAGACCGAGAGGCCGAAUCCGAGCUGACAGUAACUCAGCUGAAGGAACUGCGCAAACAGAGACAGAUCCAGCUGGAGAAGAAGAUGCUAGGAGAAGAUUCAGAUGAAGAGGAGGAUGUAGAUGCCGGGGAACAGAAGAAGAAUUCUAGUAGUCAAGAGGAUGAGAUGGGCUGUACCUGGGGGAUGGGAGAAGAUGCUAUAGAAGAUGAAGCGGAAGAGAACCCCAUUGUCUUAGAGUUUCAACAAGAAAGGGAGGCCUUUUAUAUCAAAGAUCCCAAAAAGGCACUCCAAGGGUUUUUUGACCGAGAAGGAGAAGAAUUAGAAUAUGAAUUUGAUGAGCAGGGACAUAGCACGUGGCUCUGCAGGGUGAGAUUACCUGUGGAUGAUUCAACUGGAAAACAGCUGGUGGCUGAGGCUGUCCAUUCAGGAAAGAAAAAGGAGGCGAUGAUCCAAUGUUCACUUGAAGCUUGUCGAAUUCUUGAUACUUUGGGAUUGCUGCGGCAGGAGGCAGUAUCUCGGAAAAGAAAAGCCAAAAACUGGGAAGAUGAAGACUUUUAUGAUAGUGACGAUGACACCUUUCUUGAUCGCACUGGCCUGGUUGAAAAGAAGCGGCUGAACCGAAUGAAGAAAGCUGGGAAGAUUGAUGAGAAGCCAGAGACCUUUGAGUCAUUGGUUGCAAAGUUAAAUGAUGCUGAAAGGGAACUCACUGAAAUUUCAGAGAAAUUGAAAGCCUCAAGCAAAGGUCUGUCAGAGUCACCAUCUCAGGACUCUUUAGAUGCGUUCAUGUCCGAAAUGAAAUCAGGGAGUGCUCUAGAUGGUGUGUCCCGGAAGAAGCUUCACCUGAGAACUUUUGAACUGAGGAAAGAACAACAGAGACUUAAAGGAUUGAUAAAAAUUGUAAAGCCAGCAGAGAUUCCAGAACUGAAAAAGACUGAAGGUCAGACUGCAGGUACAGAAAACAAAGCUAAAAAGCUUAUACUGCCUCUGUUUGGUGCCAUGAAAGGAGGAAGCAAAUUCAAAUUAAAAACUGGAACAGUUGGGAAAUUACCUCCUAAACGUCCAGAACUCCCUCCAUCUCUAAUGCAAACAAAGGAUGAGCCUGAAGUAGAGGAAGAGGAGGAAGAGGAAGAAGAGGAAGAAAAUGAAAAGAAGAGAGUAGAAGCGAGAAGCAGUAGGCUACAGCAGGAGAACGAGCUGGAAGAAGCAGUGGAGGAAGCAGGUCCUCUCACAGAGCUCACAAGUGCUAAAGAAACAAAAGCCCUGGGAAACAUGUCUCAACUCAGCCAAGCAGAGCAGAAUCAGGAUAGUCAUGAACUUGAUAACACAUCCACAUCGCAGGAGGAGCCCUCAGCAUCAGAGAAUGAAUAUGAGAAAAGCAAAGAUGAAUUGAUGAAAAAGAAAGCUCCUGGUCCAGGAAAACACACACCAACAUUUUCCUCCAAAUAUCCAGAAGAUGACCCAGACUACUGUGUAUGGGUCCCACCUGAAGGUCAAAGUGGUGAUGGCAGGACCCAUCUUAAUGACAAAUAUGGCUAUUGACUGCUUCUGAAACCCGAAGGAAGAUUCUGUGGACCAUGUGACGUGAGAUAUUUGAGUGCUGUAUCAGAUUGGAAGUCCAGAGAAGGAGCUUAAGUGAUCACAUGUUGCUUCCAUGCUCUCAGCUUUCCAGAUUUAUCUACCUGUUUCUCCUAGUUUUAGUAUUUAUGUUUUAAAAGUGUUUGUGUAUCUAUGUAAAAAGAAUCAUAUAUUUUGAGAAUUAGUAAAGCGAGGGGUAUUAAAAUGAGAAAAUGAAAA